CUUCUCCAGAAUCUUCACGUACAGUAAAAAUUAAGAAGAAAAGCGAAGAAAUGGAAGUAAUUCACAAGUUGCUGAACAUAGUAGCUCCUCCAUUCACCUUCUUCUCCCUCUGCCUUUUCUUACCACCCUUUUGGUUUUACAAGUUCUUCCUCUCCAUCUUAAGCUCCAUUUUCAGUGAAAAUGUGGCCGGAAAGGUUGUCAUCAUAACCGGUGCUUCCUCAGGCAUAGGCGAGCAUUUGGCUUAUGAAUAUGCAAAGAGAGGGGCUCUCUUAGCCCUGGCGGCCCGGAGGGAAAAAUCACUUGAGGAAGUUGCUGAUCGAGCGCGCGAGUACGGCUCCCCUGAUGUUCUUGUGAUUCCUGCAGAUGUAUCCAAGGUUGAGGACUGCAAGCGAAUUGUUGGCGAAACCAUGGAUCACUUUGGGAGAUGUAAGUGCAAAUGGUUAAUUCAGAUUUUAUUUUAUGCUCUUUCUCUUUUUCACUUGAAAUGGGGAUUUUCAUUUAUUUAUUGUGGUAACAACAAUAUGAUGGUGGCAGUGGAUCAUCUCGUGAGUAAUGCUGGGAUCAAUUCGGUGUGCAUGUUUGAAGAUACAACAGAUAUUACACUCUUUAGAACCAUUAUGGAUAUAAACUUCUGGGGCUCAGUAUAUACCACCCGUUUUGCAGUUCCACACCUCAGAAAUAGCAGAGGCAAGAUAGUAGCCCUUGCUUCCUCUGCUUCAUGGUUGCCUGCACCUAGAACCAGCUUCUAUAAUGCAAGCAAAGCAGCAAUGGUAACCUUCUUCGAGACAUUGAGGAUUGAGGUUGGGCCUGAGAUCAAAAUAACAAUUGUAACACCCGGCUUCAUUGAGUCUGAAAUUACCCAGGGCAAGUUCUUAGUGCAGGAUGGCAAAAUGGUAGUUGAUCAAGAUUUGAGAGAUGUUCAAGUAAGCACAAUUCCGGUUGGGACAGCACAAGGGUGUGCGGCGGCGAUAGUGAACGGUGCCUGCCGGGGGGAGAGAUACUUGACACAGCCAGCAUGGUUCAAGGCCACCUAUUUCUGGAAGGUGUUUUGCCCUGAGAUGAUCGAAUGGUGUUACAGGUUGAUGUAUAUGAAUAGGCCAGGGACUUCAGACAGGGAAACGCUCAGCAAGAAGAUAUUGGAUCUCACGGGAGCCAAGAACAUUCUCUAUCCAUCUACAAUCCACACCCCUGACAUCAAGACAGAUUAAAAACGAAGAGGAACUUGUGUGUUCCUAGGAGGUUCAAACUGGUGGUGAUCAAUUUGUUCUGUUUUGUGUGUUCUAUUUCCUUCUUUUUUGGUGCAUCAUAUAUGGAAGAUGGGAAGUUUUGGGUAAUGUCUGUACCUUGCUACGUAAGAAGGGUAUGUGAAGUCUUAUGUUAAAAAUGUCAUUGCAAGAUGUUUAAUAAUCCAAAGCGAUUUCUUGAAUGCCC